AGUCAAAUUUUACUGCAUAACAUCAGUAACACUAGGCGAGUCCCAAGCGGCUCUAAGGUUGGCAGCAGGAGAAGAGGUUGUAUGGAUUUAAAGUCAGUCAACGCAAAAGCUUUCCAUGGGGUCAAGUAAGAAGUAAUGGUAAGAAUUGGUCCAAACUAUAUGAAUAGUGGCCAAUCAAAUAAUCAAUGUAGGCAUUAGUGUGGAAAAAUCCACUGAUAACGUGUGGAAGUAAUUAAUUAGAUAUUGAAUUAACGUGUGGAAAAAUCCACUGAUAACGUGUGGAAGUAAUUAAUUAGAUAUUGAAUUAACGUGUGGAAAAAUCCUUUCCUAUUAGAUCAAAAUCUCAUUCGUCAACGAAGAAUUUGCAUAAUACUAUUUCUCACAAUCCUUAAAUAACAGACUAGUUUAAUUAGUUUUGAGCAUAUUUGCCAAACAAAUCUUGGCAACAUGACACUCCAUAUUUUCAAAAUCCUUGCUACUACAUCAUCACUAUCACUAGUAUGGGCAAUCACUUUCUUCUUCAUUAUUCUAACCAAGUUGGAUACCACCAUUUUCUUAUUGGUAAAAGCUUCUCAAUAUGAAUCACCAUCACCAUCACCAUCACAGGCACCAGCACCAGCGUCCAACAGUGUCACAGCUAAUCUCGAAGAACCACAACUGAAUUCUCUAUUUCAAACCGACUGGUGUAAGGACAAACACCUCUUCAACAGAAGCAUGCAUUAUUAUUGCAACCAGCGAGGUAUCACUUGUGACAAUGCUGGCCACAUUACUCAAAUUCUUCAAUAUAUUUUUUAUGAUGGUGAGAAUCCUGAGAGAAAAGGAACGCUCCAAAACUUCAGUACAUCUUGCUUUAAACAUUUAGUUCAUCUGGAUCUUUCGUUUGCAAGACUCGAGGGUGUUAUUCCGCCGGGGAUAGGUGCUCUUUCAAAGCUCACCUACCUUGACCUCUCCCACAAUGCUUUCACGGGUCGGUUACCACUUUCACUAACCAACCUUUCCCGGUUGGUGAAACUUGAUCUUAGUUUUAAUCAACUCAACAAUUCCAUUCCUCCAAAACUUGGCAACUUGAAGAAUCUAGUUGAAUUAAAUUUGGGCAACAACAUCUUAACAGGUGCAAUUCCCUCAUCCAUUGGUCUUUUGACCAACCUUACUUAUUUAACUUUGUGGAGCAAUCAAAUUAGUGGCUCCAUUCCUAUCAGUAUAGGAAACUUAGUGAACUUACUUUACUUUGAUUUAUCAUAUAACAGCCUCAGUGGGUCAUUACCCUCCACUCUUUUUCGAUUAAUUAAAUUAUCUGAGCUUCAUAUCUCAUCUAACCAACUUACUGGUGAAAUCCCUAAAGCUUUAGGUAAUUUAACAAAUUUAACCUCUCUAUCUCUCGACUCAAACAAGUUACAUAGUCCAAUCCCUUGGUCCAUUGGUUAUCUGAUCAACCUCGAGUAUUUACAUUUGGAGGCAAAUCAAAUAGUUGGCUCCAUUCCUGUAAGUAUAGGAAACUUAAAGAACUUACUUUACCUUGAUGUAUCUGGUAACAACCUUAGUGGGUCACUCCCCCUCUCUCUCUUUCGAUUAACCAAAUUAUCCGAGCUUGAUAUCUCUUCUAACCAACUCAGUGGUGAUAUCCCUGAAGCUUUGGGUGAUUUAACCAAUUUAACCUCUCUAUCUCUUUCUUCAAACAACUUACAUGGUGCAAUACCUUGGUCCAUUGGUCAUUUGAUCAGUCUCCAAUAUUUAUAUUUGGGUGGAAAUCAAAUCAAUGGCUCCAUUCCUACAAGUAUAGGAAACUUAGAGAACAUAGCAUACCUCAAUCUUUCUGAUAACAGCCUUAGUGGGUCACUCCCCUCCAAUCUUUUUCGAUUAGCCAAAUUAACUGAACUUGAUGUUUCAUUUAACCAAAUUGGUGGUGUUAUCCCUGAAGCUUUGGGUAAUUUAACCAAUUUAACCUCUCUAUCUCUUUUCUCAAACAAGUUUUAUGGUCCAAUCCCUUGGUCCAUUGGUGAUUUGAUCAAACUUACUCAUUUAAAUUUGGGGGGAAAUCAAAUUAGCUCCAUUCCUAUGAGUAUAGGACAGAUGGAAAAUUUACUAAAUCUUAAUUUGUCCAGUAACAAUCUCAGUUGGCCAAUCCUCUCCACUCUUUUUCAAUUAACCAAAUUAUUCUUUCUUGAUAUUUCAUUUAACCAACUUAGUGGUGAAAUCCCUAAAGCUUUGGGUAAUUUAACUGAUUUGAGCCAUCUAUACCUUUCCUCAAACCAUUUUGUUGGUUUCAUCCCAGUAGAAAUUGGAAACAUGGACACUUUGAUUGAUCUGCGGAUGAGUUUUAAUAAGCUCACUGGGCCACUUUUUCCAACUUUGAAUGGUUUAACCAAUAUUGAAUAUCUUGACAUAAGUUCAAACCAAAUCAAUGGUUCUAUAGAUGAAGAUAUUUUAUAUCUGUCAAGACUGAAUUAUCUGAACUUAUCAAAUAACAAUAUAUCAGGUAUCAUACCUUCUCAAAUUCAGAGCUUGAACACUUUAACCGUGUUUGAUGUUUCAAACAAUUGUUUACAAUUUCCAUUAAGAGCUCUCGUGAUUUUUAAACUCCCAGCAGUAUCGUUUUCUACUAGAAAUAAGGAUUUGUGCACUGUUAUCGAUAGUUCUCCUCCAUACUCUAAAUCUAGCUGGAGUAAGAAGAAAUCUAUCCCCAAAGUUAAACUUAUUCUUCUCAUUUCAAUUCUACUUGGAUUCUUUUCUUGCUCUAUUGGGUUUUGUGUGGUCUUUAAAAUUUGGCUGAAGAGGAGAAAAGUUCAGCCUCCAAAUGAUCAAACAGUAAUGAAGAAUGGAGACAUAUUUUCAAUAUGGAAUUACGAUGGAAAAAUUGCAUUUGAAGAUAUCAUACAAGCAACUGAAGACUUUGACAUCAGAUAUUGCAUAGGAACUGGUGGUUACGGUAGUGUGUAUAGAACACAACUACCUAAUGGCAAAGUAGUUGCCUUGAAAAAGCUUCACAGAUCAGAGGCCGAACAACCAAUGCUAAGACAUAGUUUUACUAAUGAAGUAGAAACAUUGACAGAAUUACGUCAUAGUAAUAUUGUUCGACUCCAUGGAUUCUGUUUGCACAAGAGAAGCAUGUUUCUGAUUUACGAGUACAUGGAAAGAGGAAGCUUGUUCUGUGUGUUGAGCAAUGAUACAGAGGCUGUGGAUUUGAGUUGGAGCAAAAGAAUCAAUGUCAUCAAAGGCAUAGCUAAUGCAUUAUCUUACAUGCAUCAUGAUUGCACUCCUUCAAUUGUUCAUCGUGAUGUAACUACCACCAACAUCUUGCUAAACUCGAAACUAGAGCCUUUUCUCGCCGACUUUGGUACAGCUAAACUACUUGAUUCUGAUAGUUCCAAUCGAACCAUGAUUGCUGGUACUUAUGGAUACAUUGCUCCUGAAUGUGCCUACACCAUGGUUAUAACUGAAAAGUGUGACGUUUAUAGCUAUGGAGUAGUUGCACUUGAAAUUUUGGUGGGUAGGCAUCCUCAAGAACUGUUUUCAUUGUUUUCAUUAUCACCAUCUUCAUCAUCAACUGCUCAAGACAUAAUGCUAGCACAUAUAUUGGACAAACGCUUGCCCACACCGACGAAUUGUGUUGUUGUACGAGAUAUUGUUCUUGUUGCUACAAUAGCAUUAGCAUGCAUAAAUGCCAACCCCAAGUGUCGACCAUCAAUGAAGCAUGUAUCUCAGCAACUCCUUGCUCGCAAAGGAUUAUUAGCCAAACCUUUUACUGAUAUCUCUCUUGGACAGCUUAUAAUCCCAGACAAAGUCUUCAUGGAUGCUGAAAUUGACCAGAAUGGUACAAGUGAAAUUCAAUCAUGAUGUUUUCCCCUGAGCUUCAAUCUUGUGGACAAUGGAGUCUUAGUAGAAGCACAAUCGUAAAUUUGUUUUAUUUUAUGCUAGUAUUUGUGUGUGUGUGUUUAUGUAAGUGUCAACCCUCAAUAACUAAGCGUUAAUUGAUAAGUGUUCACUACAUUAGAUAUUGCAUCAGAACUGACUGAUGGUUGCAGUAGUGUGUAUAGAACACAACUAUCUAAUGGUAAAGCAAUCGCCUUGAAAAAGCCUCACAGUUUCGAGGUUGAAUCGUCAACUCCUUGACAGAAAUACGUCAUAUAAACAUUAUUGAAUCCAUGAACUCUGUUUGUACAUGGAGAGAAAAAGUUUGUUAUGUGUGCUGAGCAAAGAUAGAGGCUAUGGAUUUGAAUUUGAGCAAAAGGGUUAAUGUCAACACACUUUAAUGUCAUCGCUCACUUUGCUAAAUUAGCUCUAUCUUUAGAACAGUUAUGAUAUGUGGUUGGGGGCUCUAAAAAAAACAAUGAUUAGUUUUAGUAAUAGAUGGACACCAAGAAGCACAUGAAUGUAUAUAAUUGUGUUAUUAAGACCCUUUCACAAAAUUGAUAGGAAAGGUAAUUUGAGAUUUAAAGUCAGUCAACUAGAAAGCUUGGCCAAGUCAAGGUUUGAAGAUUGAAAAGCAUUAUAUAGAUAUGUAGUGGUCAAUCCAUCUUAUCUUUUAAACACAUAAAUUAAGUUGGAGUUGAAAAGAUCAUUAACGUGUGGAACUAAUUAAUUACAUAUUUAAUAAGCUGAGAGUUAGACUCUGCCCUUGCCUUGUCUACCUAGUAACAUUUCCUGUCUAGUUGAUCAGCAUAGUUUCCAAAGCCAUAACAAAUCUUGGCAACAUGACACUAUACAUUUCCAAUAUCCUUGCUAGUUCAUCAUCACCAUCACUAGUAUGGACAAUCACUUUCUUCUUCAUCAUUCUACCCAAGUUGGAUCACACCAUUUUCUUAUUGGUAAAAGCUUCUCAACAUGGAUCACCAUCACAGGCACCAGCACCAGCACCAGCACCAGCACCAGCACCAAACAAUGUCAUGGAUAAUCCCCAAGAACCACAACUGAAUCCUCUGUUUCAAACCAAUUGGUGUAAGGACAAACAUCUUUUCAACAGAAGCACGAACUAUUAUUGCAACCACGACUCAGGCAUCACUUGUGACCAUGCUGGCCACAUUACAGAAAUUCAUCAUCGACAUUUGUAUGCAGAGAAAAUAGGAAUGCUCCAGAACUUCACUGCAUCUUGCUUUCAACAUUUAGUUCAUUUGGAUCUUUCGGGGUCAGGACUCGAGGGUGUUAUUCCACCGGGGAUAAGUGCUCUUACAAAGCUCACCUACCUUGACCUCUCCAACAAUGCUCUUACAGGCCAAAUACCACUUUCACUAACCAACCUUUCCCAAUUGAAGAAACUUGAUCUUAGUAGUAAUCAACUCAAUGGUUCCAUUCCUCAACAACUUGGCAACUUGACGAAUCUGGUUGAAUUAAAUUCGGGCAACAACAUCUUAACAGGUGCAAUUCCUUCAUCCAUUGGUCUUUUGAUCAACCUUACUAGAUUAAAUUUGUGGAGCAAUCAAAUUAGUGGAUCCAUUCCUAUCAGUAUAGAAAACUUAGAGAACUUACUCUAUCUUAAUUUGUUUAGUAACAUUCUCAACGGGCCACUCCCCUCCACUCUAUUUCGAUUAAAUUUAACUGCUCUAGACAUUUCAGAAAACAAACUCAAUGGAUCUAUUCCUAAAGCUUUAAGUAAUUUAACCAAUUUGUCAACUCUAUCUCUAUCCUCAAACCAAUUUAUUGGUUCUAUCCCUCCUGAAACUGGAAACUUGAGAAACCUAAUAUAUUUGGACCUGAGUCAAAAUCAAUUAACCGAUUCCAUCCCUUUAGAAUUCAAAUUUUUGAAGAAUUUGAAUGAAUUGGAUCUAAGUUAUAAUCAACUUACAGGUCCAAUUUCCCCAUCUUUGACUGCUUUAGCAAGCAUUUCUCGUCUUGACUUAAGUUCAAAUCGAAUUAAUGGUUCCAUAGAUGAAGAUAUUACAAAUCUUUCACAAUUGGUUGAUUUAGACCUAUCAUAUAACAAUAUUUCGGGAAUCAUACCUCCUCAACUUGAUGAUAUGUACAAUUUAACCUUUUUCAAUGUUUCACACAAUUAUUUACAAGGUAAAAUAAGUAAUGUGCUUCUUCGUAAAUUCACAAAUGAAUCAUUUACUGGAAAUAAGGAUGUAUGUAGUGAUGAUAUCUACAAUUUCCUCCCUCCUUGCUCUAAAUUUAGAGCGAGUAAGCAUAAUUUUAGUCGGAGGAAGAAGAGCUUCAUCACAAGAAUUAUGGUUAUUCUUCCCAUCUCGAUUCUCUUUGCCAUUUUCGGGGUUGGUGUGGUCUUUAAAAUUUGGCUGAAGAGAAGAAAAGUCCAGACUCCAAGUGAUCAAACAGUGAUGAAGAACGGAGACAUGUUUUCGAUAUGGAAUUAUGAUGGAAAAAUUGCAUUUGAAGAUAUCAUAAAAGCAACUGAAGACUUUGACAUUAGAUAUUGCAUAGGAACUGGAGGUUAUGGUAGUGUGUAUAGAGCACAACUACCUAAUGGCAAAGUAAUUGCCUUGAAAAAGCUUCACAGUUUCGAGUCUGAACAGUCAAUUCUAAGGCAAAGCUUUACUAAUGAGGUACAAACAUUGACAGAAAUACGUCAUAAAAACAUUAUACGACUUCAUGGAUUCUGUUUGCACAAAAGAAGUAUGUUUUUGAUUUACGAGUACAUGGAAAGAGGGAGCUUGUUCUGUGUGUUGAGCAAUGAUACAGAGGCUGUGGAUUUGAGUUGGAGCAAAAGGAUCGAUGUCAUCAAGGGCAUAGCUUAUGCAUUAUCUUACAUGCAUCAUGAUUGGAUUCCUUCAUUUGUUCAUCGUGAUGUAACUACCACCAACAUCUUGUUGAACUCGGAACUAGAGGCUUUUCUCUCCGACUUCGGUACAGCUAAACUACUUGAUCCUGAUUCUUCCAAUCGGACUAUGAUUGCUGGUACUUAUGGAUAUAUUGCUCCCGGUAAGUUAUAUGUAGUUGCAUGUUCAUUACCCUAUUCUCUAAAUUUUCAGUGUUUAAUUCAUUAGUAUAUUUUCUAUUUGAUGUUGUCAAUGCAGAACUUGCCUACACUAUGGCUAUAACAGAAAAAUGUGACGUUUAUAGUUUUGGAGUUGUGAUACUUGAAACUUUAAUGGGUAGGCACCCUCAAGAACUUCUAUCAUUGUCUCAAUCUUCAUCAUCAACUGCUCAAAAUAUGUUGCUAAUAGAUAUUUUGGACAAACGCUUGUCAAGACCAACAAAUCAGCUUUUGACACGAGAUAUUGUUCUUUUAGGCACAAUAGCAUUUGCAUGCUUAAAUGCCAAUCCAAAGUGUCGACCAACAAUGAAACAUAUCUCUCAUCAACUUCUUGCUCGCAAAGGAUUAUUAGCCAAGCCUUUUAUUGAUUUUUCACUUGAGCAGCUUAUGAUCCCAGCCAAUGCUGAAAUAAACCAAAAUGGUGCAAAUGAAAUUCUUUCUUGAUGUUUUCCCGUGAGCUUCGUUCUUGUGGACAAUUGAGUUUUACCAAAAUAGUGGUAAACUAAGCACAAGUUGGGAAAUUUAUGGCAUAACUAUCCAAUGUUUUAGUGUUUUAAUGGGUAACGACCUAUUGAUUUUUUUUAGCCACAGAUCUAUCCAA